ACGAAACGUUAGUACAUGUGUGGACGCUUACGUAGAUAUAACGAAACUGGCCGUGCGUGCCGUGUUCUAUUAUUUUUGUAUAUCGCAUAUGACAAUAAAUUUAUUUUAAUCAAAUAUGCUGAAAACCAGGGCCGAAAAGGCUCGUGAGUAUCGGCGAAGACUAAGAGGAAAUAAGCCUAAACCACCGCCAAAAACUUCAACAGAACGUGUCCGUGAAUUUCGUGCACGCCGAAAGGCGUUAUUAAAUGAGCAAGAUAGUGAUUCCGCUACGGAUAAUAACGCGUCCACAGUGCAAAAUAGUGAAAACGUUUGUAACAAUUUCUCGGUGGAUGAAUUCGAUUUGCAAGAGAAUGCUUCUAUUGGUUUUAAUAACGAAAAUUAUCAUUCUCAUAUUAUGAAUCACAACUCAGGUAACUCUACAAUGGAUUUAAAGCUUGAAUUUUCGGUUUCCCCUACGCAUGAUAACGCGUUCACUGUGCAAAAUAGUGAAAAUGAUCGUGAUAAUUUUACGGUGGAUGAAUUAGAUGUGCAAGAAAAUGCUUCUAUGGGACAUAAUAAUGAAACUAAUAAUUGUAACUGCCCAGCGGAUGUAAAGCUUGAAUUUCUGGACUGCCCUACGCAUGAUAACGCGUCCACUGUGCAAAAUGGUAAAAACGUUUGUAAUAAUUUCCCGGCGGAUGAAUUAGGUGUGCAAGAAAAUGCUUCUAUUGGAAAUAAUAAUGAAAAUGAUCAUUGUAACUUUCCAGCGGAUGUAAAGCAAGAAUUUCUGGAUGCCCCUAAUCAUGAUAACGCGUCCACCGUGAAAAAUAGCGAAAACGGUUCAGAUAAUUUACCGGUGGAUGAAUUAGACGUACAAGAAAAUGGUUCUAUUCGACCAAAUAAUGAAAAUGAUCAUUGUAACUUCCCAGCAGAUGUGAAGCUUGAAUUUCAGGACCUAUAAUUUCUUCGAAAUAAAGAAUUUAAAAAUAAAAAUACACCUGCGUUCUUACCAUCACUGGAUGAAAGACUUGCCUCGCCGUGAAAUACGGUUGAGACACGUCCAUGGGCAAUACGCAAUUUAGGUGCAAAUUAUUAUUGUGCCAGUCGACUUGAAUAAUAUGGUGAAACAUUUACCUCGAAAUAUUGAUGAUGAUCAUUAUAUAAACGUUCGUAUAAAGAGGAAGACAAUGCACAAAUCAAGCUAUUUAGUGGGACUGGUAAAUGAAAGAAGACUUCGUUGGCGUCAAUACUUGCUUCAAACACCACUUUAUGUUAUGCACUAUAAAAAUAUGUAUGAAGGAUUCCGGGCAUGCAGUGAAAUGGGACUCCCUCAGCAAGACCUCGAAGGAGCGUUUUUGGAGCACUCCGGGUAUGGAGUAAAAAAGGACUCUCGCAGCAACACUUCGAAGGAGCAUUUUCGGAGUGCUCCGAGGAAUGGAGUAAAAACAGAACCAAAGUUGGUUUUUCGUAUCUUGUUUUUUUUUUUCAUCUAGUCAGUAAGAUUUGUAAUGAAAUAUACUGAAAAAAUUUAAAACCAAUUGAAUUUUUGUAAGUGAAAAUAUAUAUGUAUAUGUGACCAAUAUUUAAUGUCUGGUAAUAAUUAAAUUAAUUAAGACAAUGUCCAAACGAAAACUCAUAAAAAACAAUCCGAAAGAAUUAUUGCUUCGUUAAUUAAAGUCAUUCGUAACAACCAAGAACAUUAUUGUUUUAUUUAGAGUACUCAGCAUAUCCCUGCGGGGAAA